AUGCCCCCUGAGGCCCUUGAGAUCACCCACAAGUUCAUGAACAAGCCUGUUAGGAUUCUCGUCAAGAGAGAUGAGCUCACCCUUGAGGGUAUCAAUCAGUUCUAUGUCAAAGUGGAGAAGGAAGAUUGGAAGUUCGACACUCUAUGUGACCUGUAUGAGAUUCUGGCAAUUGUUGAUAGUUCAGGCAUAAGGACGCUUGAUGAUGAUAGUUCAGACAUUAGGAGGCUUGAUGAUUACUGUGCCGAACUCUACAAUCUCUUCAAAGAAGAUGUAUGCUAUUACCAGACCUCUAAGCGAUGGUGA